AAAGAGAAACUUCAUAUAACAAACGAAUAAGGUUAGCUUUAUAUUUGGGUCAAAAAGAAAAAGUUUGUACGAAUUGUUAAUAUUAGCGACAUAUUUAAAGAAAAACAUAAAUUACAAUCUGCCAAAUGAAAUUCCAAUAUAACUUAUAAAAAGUAAAACAUGAGUUUUAAGUAUGAAAUCAAAUAGUAGAUUUCUAUUUAUAAAACAGCUUAUUUAAAUAACAGAUGUGAUAAUAUAAUAAUAUAUAAAAUAAGAAUGGAUAAAGAAUAUAGUGAGAAGAAACUUUCAUGGUCUGAAUUAAAAGGAGUCGUCAGUGACUUAAGGAGACAGCUGUCCAGUUUAUCAACAAUGGUUCCUAGUUCGAUUACAUUUAGGACACUACAGGAUGGUAGAACUAGGAUAUAUUUUUUAAGUACGCCACAGAAUGGAUGGGAAACUACACUAUUGUUUGCGGAUGUACCAAAUACUACUCAACCGACCAGUUUAAGAUUGCAAUGGCAAUGUGUUAUCGAAUCUAAUUUUCCCAGUAUUUCAUCCUCGAAUAAAUACUCUAGAGAAGAGCAACUUCUUUGGGAAAGAAAACGAUUGACAACAUGGGGUAUUAACUCUUACGAAAUUCAUAGCGAAGCUGGAAAAAUAGUCUUUCCUGCAGCGAGUAGUUUAUUUCAAUGUAUAGACAGUGGUUAUUCGAAUGGACAACUCUUUCCUACAAAAUUAAGGAUGACAUCUUCUGGAGCAAAAAUUGACUCACAGAUAUGUCCUUCCAAUCCUGACUUAGUGGCAUAUAUUUGCAAUCAUGACAUAUGGGUAACCCAUACUGUAUCUGGGUCAAACGUGAGGUUAACUUAUGCCCAUAAAGGUGGCAGAAAUCUUUCCGAUGACCCAUUGAGUGCUGGAAUCCCAUCUUACGUUAUGCAGGAAGAAUUUUCUAGAUACCAAGGAUAUUGGUGGCAACCCAAAUGCAUCGGUGGAGAAUAUAGAAUAUUAUACGAAGAAGUUGACGAAGGGGAUGUGAAAAUUUUCUGUUUUCCGUCAUCUCAAUCUGAUUCUGGAGAGGUGGAAGAGUUUCGAUUUCCUAGAGCGGGUUGUGCCAAUUCAAAAUCAUAUCUUAAAAUGGUAGAAUUUAAAGUAAAUGAACAUUUACAAAUAGUAGAUAUUUCUAUGUUAGAGUUACAGUUUUCAUUGUCUAUGCUCUUCCCAUGGAUGGAAUAUAUUGUUAGGGCAGGAUGGACACCAAAUUCUGAGUACAUAUGGGUGCAAAUAUUAGACAGGCGUCAACAAAGACUAGAGGUGGUUUUACUGUCACUUAGUAAUUUUACGGAAGUUCUUCCAAUGUAUGACGAUUCAAGCAGCUUGCAUCUUGGUAGUCCCAUUGUUCAAGUUAUUUACUCGCAAAAAUCAAAUAUAUGGGUUAAUGUCCAUGAUCUCCUUUAUUUUUUACCUUCAUCAGACAAUAAUGAGGUGCAAUUUAUUUGGGCAUCUGAGGAUUCAGGAUUUAGGCAUUUGUAUUUAAUAACAUCACAAAUUAUGCCAUACAUGAAUGGCAUAACAGAAAGCAGUGAACCUAUGGAUUAUGUGUUCUUACAACCCAAAAUACUAUCAAAAGUAGCUCUUACUUCUGGAGAUUGGGAAGUUUUAAGUCAGAAUAUCUGGGUGGACACUGAGAAGCAACUGGUUUAUUUUAUGGGAUUGAAGGAAACGCCAUUGGAAAAGCAUUUAUAUGUAGUUUCCUUAAGGAGGGCUGGAGAAGUCCGAUUGUUAACGAGACCUGGCUAUUCUUAUUCAGUUGACUUCAACAAGGACUGUUCAAUGAUCGUGACUGUAUACAGCAAUAUACAAAAACCUCCAGCUUGUCAAGUAUUCCGACUUGUUCACACAGAUUGGACUGUGGAAGGAAUAACCCUUACUCCACUUGGUUAUCUCGUGGAAUCAAUACCUUUAUUGAAUGACUGUUAUUCUCCUGAUCUGUACACACAUGAGAUAUCAUCUGGGCAUGUACUUUAUGCAAUGGUAUUUAAGCCUCACAAUUUUGAACCAGGAAGAAAGUAUCCUACAGUUCUUAAUGUUUAUGGGGGGCCAGAGGUACAACUAGUGUCAAAUACUUUUAAGGGAAUGAGGCAAUUAAGAAUGCAUAUGUUAGCUGCCAGAGGUUACUGUGUUGUAGCAAUAGACUCCAGGGGCUCACAGCAUAGAGGUUUACAAUUUGAGAGCUAUAUUAAAAAGAGAAUGGGCACUGUAGAACUUAAGGACCAGGCUGAGGUCUUGACGUGGUUAUCAGAUAGUUUAGGAUACAUUGAUUUGAAUCGAGUGGCUAUUCACGGAUGGUCUUAUGGUGGAUAUUUAAGUUUAAUGGGUAUAAUACAUUAUCCAGACAUAUUUAAAAUAGCCAUAGCUGGAGCUCCAGUCACUAACUGGAAUUUGUAUGAUACUGGCUAUACAGAGAGAUAUAUGGAUUUGCCAGAACACAAUCCGGAAGGAUAUUAUGAGGGCUCCGUAUUAAAUUUCAUUAGCAAGUUUCCAGAAGAGGAGAAUCGAUUACUUAUAAUUCAUGGUCUCAUAGAUGAAAAUGUACACUUCUACCACACAAGCCAACUUAUAAAUAGUAUGAUAAAGGCUGGGAAACCUUACCAAUUACAAAUCUAUCCUAAUGAACGGCACUCGCUAAGACAUCUGGAUGCUAGUAAGCAUUACGAGACGACUUUAUUAUCUUUUCUUCAGAACAAUUUAUAAGUAUUUCUUGAAUGUAAUAAUUAUCUGCAGUGAAAUGGAUGUUUUUUCUAGAAAUCGAUCUGGAUAAUUAUAAUUACUUAUUUUACAGUUAAAUACUACCUCUGUUUUAACUGAAAAUGUUUCUAUAGGUCAUUUGUCUUAAAAUUUAUAGAUAACAGCUUUAUUUAUUGUCCAUUUAAAUACUUUUUUUACUUGAGAUUAGUUUUUUCAAUUUAGCGUGUAUUAAUAAAAAUAGCAAAAGGCAGCAUUGUUAUAAAUGAAUUGUUAAUACAAAUCAUUAUGAGUGUUUUUCCCAAUGAAUAAAUGUUUUUAUUAAAAAUCACUGGCUGUUAGAUUAUUUCAAUUGAUCUUUGCUUUGUAUUAAUUAACCGAGUUAUUAUGCAGUUUUAUUGUAUAUAUACAUUUUAAUAUUUUUAG